AUUGUGCAUUCGGAAAGUUCGGAAUUUAUCCAUGACAGAAAUUUCUGACACGAUUGUCAAAAACAAAUGUUGAAACGUCUGCCCGGUUUAAUCAAAUACUUUACAAUGCCAUAUUUAAUACACUACCCCAUUGUGUAGACGGCAAAAUUUAUAUUUGAAUAACCUUUCUAUAUCAAGUCUUCAAGAACUAAGUAAUAUCACUAUAAAAUGAGCCAAGAGUCUGGUCAAGGAGACAAGAAGGGCCACUCUGUAUUGUUACGGAAGGGGUCCUCAAGCAAGAUGGCCUUGAAGGAGAAGAUUGUAAUAAUUUAUGAAGCUUUUUUCCAGGGUGAAGAUCCAUCAGCUGGUAAUCCAAAUUUUUGGGAUGAAUUUUUCUUGCUGAAGGCUAAUACAGUUUUCUUAGAGUCUGAAUGUGAGAAGCUGUCAGGGGAAGCACUUGCUUCAUUGAAGGAUAAUUUUAACCUGAUGUUUUUGAAAGCUGUAGAAACACUAAAACAGGACAAUCCAAUUAGAACUGCCAAUGCUAUACAUACAUUGUGUGCCCUUGUUCGUGGUAUUUGCAAGAAGACAUUGAAGGACUCUGGUUUUGAUGUAAUCAACAUUAUAAUUGGUUUUGACUCAGCUGAAGCAGUUAUUCAGUCAUUGAUAGAAAGUGUAAACAGAUUUCUAAAUGGAGACUACCCUAUUGCAUUAAAACAGCUGAUCCUGAAAUUUUUACUUGUUUUAGCAUCUGUAACGGACAACAUCAGUCAGAAUACAUUGUUAGAGUACAUCUUGAUAAACAGUGUGUAUGAGUCAUUGGUACAGAUAUUAGCUAAUCCUGUAUCCAGGCAAACACUUGGUGUUGAUGCUAUACUAGUUCUUACACUGCUUGUACAAUAUAGGAAAUAUGAGUCUGCAAAUCCAUAUAUUGUGAAGUUAUCCAUACUGGACGAUGAAUUAGCUCUAACUGGUUAUGCUGAGGUGGUUUCAGUGGCAUUGUCUGAUUUUAACAGGGAUUAUAAAAUAAGAAAUUCAGAACAGCAGACUGGUUGGUUUUCUACUCUAGCUAGCAUGGUUGGAAAUAUGUUUGUAGCGGAGGAGAAAGAAAUGGCUGCUGUUAGAGCCAAUGACUCUGUUCUGCUAGCAUUAUAUGAAGCUAUACACCUGAAUAGGAACUUUAUUACAGCUUUGACGCAUGCACAUGCCCCCUCAAUACCAUCUACCCCACCGUCGUCCCCAGCCCCCGAUACCUCACCAGUAGAAGACAAACAAGUAAAUCAAUUAGAGAAUUUCCCAACACCCAUAGAGCCUGCCCACCAACCUACAAACCUUCUAGUCACAUUUCUUGAAUACAGCUCAGUAGUCACACAAGAUACAAAAGAGGCUACCCGCUACAAUAAUGCCAGACUGUGUCUCAUUAUAUUGACAUGUAUAGCAGAGGAUCAGUAUGCUAACUCACUCAUGCAUGACAUCAAUAUGAAUUUUAGAGUCCAUCUACAUAGAAUGCCGAUGCGACAUAGAAAAGCUAAAUUUGAAGCAUCACCUCCGUCUAGACCACUGGCCUGUGCAUUAUUAGAUCUGAUGGUAGAAUUUAUAAUGAGUCAUCUGAUGAAGACCAUGCCACUAGAGCUUUAUAUUCGAUGUCUAGGUAUAUGUCACAGAGUUUUAUGUUACCAGAAAAAAUGCCGUGUGAGAUUACAGUAUCCAUGGAAAAAUCUUUGGACAGCUCUAAUAAAUUUACUGAAAUUUAUCCUGUCACAUGAAAAUCAUCUGGUUAAAAGAGCUAACAUAUUCCAUAUUUGUUCAAAGAUAGUGAAUAUUUUCAAUUUAUUUAUAACAUAUGGAGAUACAUUCUUGCCCAACCCCAAUAGUUAUGAUGAACUUUACUAUGAGAUAAUUAGAAUGCACCAAGUGUUUGACAAUCUUUAUUCCAUGGCAUUAAGGUAUACAACAAGUGAGGGUGAACACAAAGAGUCUGCUGCCAGACUAACCAACCAUCUUAUAAAUGUAAGGGCUAUAGUGAACCAUUUUACACCAAAGGUUGAUAGCUGGGCUGCAAACAACCACCUGUCAUCUCUGACUGAAGAACAGGUGUUGGAAGUAGUACGAGGGAGUUAUGAUACACUAACACUCAAGUUACAGGACAGCCUCGAUCAGUUUGAAAGAUACACAGAAAAACCAAAUGAAGCUUCCUUCUUUACACAGCUGGUGCGGUCAAUAACAAUAGAUGUACGGAAAUCAGUGUCAGAAAUAAACAUAGAUCAACAAACAAUCCUUCAAGAAGUUUCCACCAUGCCACCUACUCCUUAAAGAAAGAGGGGGACAGAACAAAAUGAUUCAAGGGUGAAUACAGAAGUACAGCCAAACCUUUCACUGGAAGUCUUAUGCUGAAGGAAGGAGUUUUAGACAAAACAUACUGACAAUGAACUAAAAAUUUCAUUGCGACUCAUUUACAUAUAAUAAACAGUUUAGGAAAGUGAAAAAGCAAACCUUUUGCACUUGUGGCCUAAGUUUAUCAUAGAUUUAAAUAAAUGUUAAGUGUAUGAUUUAUUUUUAAGUUUGAUGGGGGGGGGGUAUGUCAAUCAGGGCAUUAAUCUAUUUUAGCUCUGUAUGGAAGUAAUGGUCUUGAUAGGCAAAUGGCCUUUGAACAGGAGGUAUUGUUUAGCUGUAAAUAGUUUAUAAUGAGGGAAUUAUUUAAAGUGCUAGUUAUAGAUAAUACUCAUAUCAUCCGUUAUAUGUCAUAAAUAUUUCUGAUUAAGUGAGACGCUGUGUAUAUAAAUUGCUGGUGGCAAAUGAAUUUAUAUGAGCCGUGUCACGACAAAACCAACAUAGUGCGUUUGCGACCAGCAUGGAUCCAGACCAGUCUGCGCAUCCGCGCAGUC